AUGGACCUGGAGCGCCAUUGUCACGGACGGACUGUGAAGGGUCCGGUCACGCUCACGGUCACAUUAGGAAAUGCCGCCUUGUUCAGUCGCUCGCAUCCUUCUCUGAAUCUCUCCACUUCCCAAGUGCCCUCGUCCUCACUUCGCCGUACUUCCUCCUCCUCCUUCCCUCCCGCCCUCCUCCCGCCCCAGACAAUGUCUGCACACGCCACCGCGUCCGCAGGUCAGCUCCAGAGGGCUCGCUCAAAGAAACGACGAGCUAUCCUCGAACAUGCACUCAAAGGCAUAAAGAUCAUCGGAACCAUCGCGGCUCCUUUAGCUCCCGAGCUACCGCCGUCCCCGCCUGCCUCGCGCAGUCCGUCUCCAGCACCCGCACCACUCCCAACAGCCAGUUCCUCCAAGCGCAAGCUUGAUGCUUCUGCAGACACGCCAGAAAGCGCAAAGCGGCCUAGGGUAACCAAACCACAGCCGCAUUCCUCGGAACUGGCAUCCGCGUCCUCCUCGGCGUCUGCCACUCUUGUAGCCUCCUCAUCCUCCUCGCCUACUAAUGCAGUAAGAUCCACCGGACCAGCUCAUGUUUCUCCAAUCGCGGCUGCUGCAUCGUCUUCCAUUGGGGGCCUGUCUUCGCGGUCUCUCACGGUCUACGAACCCGUCCGACGGCCGCGGCAUGGUGUUGAAUCAUUAAAUUUCAAACAGAUGCAUGAUAGUUAUCACGCGCAAGCACGAGCGUUCAAGUAUUCCGGUGAGGCGCGUUAUUUGGCAAGCUACCCGCAAAGCCACCAACGUCACCGUCCAUUAAGGGAACCGCCUGCUAAGGGUACACCAUACCACACACAUGGAGGACUCAUGGGCUUGCUUGAAUCGCUAGAAGCCUUGAUCUGCUUCAUCUAUGCUGCUUGGUGUCAAGAUCACUACAAUAGAGAUGAAAAUUCAUGGGAGUCGAUCCCCGGUUACUUGGAAUGGUGCAAGUCAAGAUGGUUAGGCCAGGUGGGGUCGCGGGAUAACGUCCGCGAGAAGUCAUUCCUUGGUCUCAUCCACAUGAUCGAGGCCUUCAUGCGUCAGCGCCUUGUGCGCUACAGACUCAGUUCGUUUUUGGAGCUGAGGACGAAAGAGUAUUUCUACGAGAUUGAGCGUGUUACAAAGGCGAAGCAGGCUGCUGCAGAAGCAUCAUCAGCGAAACCCAAGCCUACCCCGCCCGAGAAGUCUUUACCUUCCCCGGACACAGACGCGGCGAGUGCCAACUCAACACCGGUAAACCCCGGUAAUACACCUUUAAAUACACCUUUCAAUGCGAAUGACAGUCGCUCGGAGGAUGCAAAAAGAGGUAUAAACAAGAUGGCGUCUACUCGUCCACCCGAAUCAAACGCACCGCCGGAAGUUUUUGUGCCAGUCAAGCAGUCUUACAUCGUGAAUACCAGGACCCUCCUGAAUCUCCAGAGUAUGGCUUCACGAGAAAUGCGACAGUCGGAGAAGCUCCUUUCUUUAGCAAUAAUGCGGGAGCAUUUCCCGCACACUUUUGGCAGGAUGGUGUGCUCAACACUAUCCGCUGAUGAGGAAUACGAGCCUGACAUGGAAGACGGCGAAGGCGAGCUGUUCUGGCCCAGUCAAUGCGUAACAGGCGAUGGCAUCGCUUGGGUUUGCCUGAUGGGUCGUGCAAUGGUCAGAGAAUUCGGAAAGGAGAUCGGCUAUACCAGUCUCUCUGGGGCCAUACCCAAGCCUACCUCCAGCUAA